AUGACACUUCAGAAUAUGGCAGAUUCACAUUCAAAUGGAAGGAAUGUUUGUGAACCCUCACCUUCACCAUAUAAAAGAAAUAUGAAUCGUCCACUAUGUGGAAUAGCUUUGUUUGGUCCGAGAAAUGAACUUUUUGGUGAAAUGAAAAACCGACUAAAAUUAAGAUCAACUGGACAUUCAGAUACUAAAGAAUCGCCUUCAGAAAUGUUGACGAACAAUGCAGUUGAACAGCAGGAACCAUCUUCAUAUGACAAUACUUCUUCUAGCAUGUCAGCGAACUCCAGUCCCAGAUCAUCAAUAUAUGAUGACUUUGAACAAUCUGAGUCGAAAACAGUAUCAGAUAUUUUAUUGAAUCGUGCGCGUAAACCUCCUACACGAAAACCAACCUUGAAUCGUUGCUCAGAUGUUCCUAAUAGACAAUCAUUUAAUACUUCUAGUACCUCACUUAUAUUUCAUCCAAAUGAUAAUUCCAAAAUACUCGAUGGUUUGACGGAAUUUUUCAAUCCAAACAGUUAA